AAUUUUCCUUUGGUCAAUAACCAAAAACCCCUAACCUCUAAACCUCAAAACCCCAUUUCGCGUUAUAGAGAGAGAAACGGAGAAAACAAUCAUGGCGCAGUGGUGGCGCUCCGCCGCGAGCCACCUCCGAUCAACGGAGGUUAACCUUUUCUCCUCAUCCGCACUCCGUCGCAACCACUACCACACAAUCCAAGCAAUCCCGCGGGAAAUAACCGGCAGUAGAGUCGCCGCCAGAGACAGAAAACAAGGUCGAAUCCCCGCCGUCGUUUUCUUCCAGGACCUUCUUGAAAAAUCCCCCGAAGCUCGAUCCACUUCAAGGAAGCAACUUCUCACCGUUGAGAAAAGGCAGAUUAAGGCAGUGCUGAACUCCAUUGAAGCUCCGUUCUUUUGUUCGACGCGUUUCCCGCUUCAGAUUCGUGCUGGUUCUGGAUCCACUCAUUUGCUUGAAAGUGGAACUGUUCUACCUAUAAAGAUUCAUAGGGAUGAAGAGAGUGGGAAUAUCUUGAAUUUGGUGUUUGUUUGGGCGGAAGAUGGUAUGAAUUUGAAGGUUGAUGUUCCUGUUGUUAUCAAAGGUGAAGAUGUUUGUCCUGGUCUUAAGAAAGGUGGAUUUUUGAAUAAGAUCAGAACUAGUCUAAGAUAUCUUGGCCCCUCUGAGCACAUUCCUUCAAAAAUUGAGGUGGAUAUCAGCAAUUUAGAUAUUGAAGAUAGGAUAUUCAUGCGUGAUAUUGAGGUUCAUCCAUCCUUGAAGCUUCUGAAUAAGAAUGAAAACAUGCCCAUAUGUAAAAUAGUUCCAACUAGUUUGGGAAAACAAGAAGUAGUUCCAACAAGUUUGGAAAACCAAGAACCGGUUGGUGCGUGACCACUGAAACAACAUUUGAGAUUCGACAAUGGGCAGAGGCUUCCAAAUAAACAGGGUUAGAACCGUUUUGUAUUAGACUUCAUUGUUGUUUCAAUAUAGGUUGCCGUUGUUUUAUAAUGGAUUGAUUAUUUUCUUCCAUCUUUGAUGGCAUAGAGUUGUUUGUAGCUUUUGUUGUUUAGUUCUUAUAUUGUUCUAUACUUUUAAUCUCUAUAUUUAAAAAAUAGUGUACUCUUCAAUUUCAGGUGGUUUGAAGAUGUUAUUUUUUAAGGAUUAAACAUGAAUAAAAUUUGAUUAUGGAUCAA